AUGACUAAAGGAGAACUUGAUGUCAACAGCACUGGAAAGCUGGAAGUUGUGUUUUUUUCGACUCCGGAAUCUGACAUACCCUCUUCAUCUGAAUCAACAGGAAUUCCUCUGCAGCAUAAAUUCCUUACCGGCAACUUACCGUUCCAGACAUUGGCUGCGGUAUCAGAAGACAAAAUUGCGAUCGAGCAUCCUGAAAACGAUAUUGGAAGCCUGGCUCUUGAAGGCAGGGUCCUACAGAAGGCCGAGUGCCAGCCUCCUCCAAACAAGAAAUAUAUGGACAUGAAAGUAAAUCAUAUCGAAAAAAUUAGCAAGCCUGAAAAGCAGAUCAUAUCCAUCAAUCGGGCGGAAGUGAAGUUCAAGCCGAUCGCUAGACAUGCGGAAGACGUUACGUAUGGAAAGCGGAAGGGAGUAAAGAAUGUCCGGUUAGAAAAGCAGAGUUUGCUGGAAAUCCUAUUCCAGGCUUUCGAAAAUCAUCAAUACUAUAAACUGGUCGAUCUUGCUCGAGUUACUCAGCAGCCUCCGGUGAGGCAGUAG